GGAAACUGAGCAGACACUGCAGCAUCACUCCAAGAGGCUCAGCAAGACAACCCCGUCAACUGCAAUAAUGUCAGAUCUCUGUGUUGGAAUCAAUGGAUUUGGCCGUAUUGGCCGUCUGGUCCUUCGGGCCUGCCUGCAGAAAGGAAUCAAAGUCACAGCCAUCAACGACCCCUUUAUUGACCUGCAGUACAUGGUUUACAUGUUCAAGUAUGACUCCACCCAUGGCCGUUACCGUGGAGAGGUGCGUCAUGAAGACGGCAAGCUGAUUGUUGACAACCACGCCAUCUCCGUUUACCAGUGUAUGAAGCCUGCUGAGAUCCCAUGGGGUGAGGCUGGUGCUCUCUAUGUAGUUGAGUCCACUGGAGUCUUCCUCAGCAUUGAGAAAGCCUCAGCUCACCUACAGGGAGGAGCCAAGCGUGUUGUUGUGUCUGCCCCCUCCCCUGAUGCUCCCAUGUUCGUGAUGGGCGUCAACCAGGAAAAAUAUGACCCCUCUAGCAUGACCAUUGUCAGCAAUGCAUCCUGUACUACUAACUGCUUGGCUCCCCUGGCCAAGGUCAUCCAUGACAAUUUUGGCAUUGAGGAGGCUCUUAUGACCACAGUCCACGCCUACACCGCCACCCAGAAGACAGUGGAUGGUCCCUCUGCCAAGGCAUGGCGUGAUGGGCGCGGUGCCCACCAGAACAUCAUCCCUGCCUCCACUGGCGCUGCAAAGGCUGUCGGCAAAGUUAUCCCUGAGCUCAAUGGGAAGCUGACAGGCAUGGCAUUCCGUGUGCCCGUCUCUGACGUGUCAGUGGUGGAUCUGACCUGCCGCCUCUCACGACCUGCCAGCUACGCCGAGAUCAAAGAGUCUGUCAAGAAGGCCGCUCACGGACCCAUGAAGGGAGUCCUGGGAUACACAGAGGAUUCAGUUGUGUCCUCUGACUUCAUUGGUGACACUCACUCUUCAAUUUUCGAUGCCGGUGCUGGCAUUUCCCUCAAUGACAACUUUGUCAAACUCAUCUCCUGGUAUGACAAUGAGUUUGGCUACAGCCACCGUGUUGCUGACCUCUUGAUGUACAUGCACACCAAGGAGUAACUUCCCAGCAAUUCCGAAAAGCCUGAAUGGGACCAUCAUUCCUUCUUUUACAUGCACUCACUUCAUAGUUAAAGCCAUAGUGACACACCCUAGUACCCAGUUUCUUCACUCUCUACAAGACGAAUUAGUCUCUGUAGUAGUCUGAGUGUGAGUGUUAGUUUUCCUUUAUGAAAAAGUCCCACUUUGAGGCAAAUUUUGACUUGGCGGUAUUUGUGUCUGUGUCGCUCCACAAGCAUUGCUGUAGUUGUUUCCAUAGUGGGUGUUUAACAUGUGAUAUUGGUGUUAAGAAUUCGAGAUACAAGGUUAAGUGAGAAAAAUGAUAACUGUAACGCGAAAGGAAAUAAAUCUGACAAAAAAUAUUUAAAGUAAAAAAUCUGUGGUGUUCAUUUUCUUUUUUUUGUCUCACCAUUCAUGUCUACCACAUAUUAUGGUAUUUUGGACAGAACAUGCUUUCCCAGAUCUCAGUUAAUAA